AUGGAGUUUGCAAGAACCAAGCAGGGGAUUUCUGUCUCCCAACGUAUGUAUGUUAUUGAUCUUCUCAAAGAGACUGUUAGCUUGGUCAGUCAGAACAUGGACAACCCUUUAAAAGAACACUUGGAGGCAGUUUACAAGGUAUUACGGUAUCUAAAGAAGACACCUAGAAAAGGUCUGUUGUUCAGAAAAAAUGGAGAAAAAGGCAUAGAAGCUUUCACUGAUGUAGACUGGGUAGGUUCAAUUGAUGAUAGAAGAUCAUUAUUUGGAUAUUGUAUCAUGGAAUGGGGAAACCUUGUUACUUGGAGAAGUAAGAAACAACAUAUUCUCUCAAGAAGCUGUGUUGAAGCUGAUCUUAAAGCUCUUGCUCACAGGGGAUUCAAAGUUGCAAGCCAUAAAAAGGGAAAGAAUUGUAAUGGAGGCUUUACUUAG